AUGCAACAAACAUUUAAUCUUUUACAAGAUAGUCCACUUUAUGUUGUUAUGAAAAUUGGUUUUCAAGCUUUACCUGCUCUUAUGAGUAUAGUAAAUGCCAUGGAAAAUACACAAGUAUGUCAUAUAUUAUCAAAAGAUGAAUUACCAAUAGAAAUUGAUGUUGGUCAAGAACAUCGAUAUCAUAGUGUAUUUGCUUGUCCAAUUCUUCGACAACAAACAACCGAUCAAAAUCCAUCGAUGAAAUUUGUUUGUGGUCAUGUUAUAUCAAAAGAUGCACUUAAUAAAUUAUCUAUACAAAAUAAACUUAAAUGUCCAUAUCGUCCUCUAGGUAAAUGUUUUUUUUUUGUAUUAAAAAUUCUUUAUAUAAAAGUUAUGUAUAGAAAAUAUUUUGAUCCAUUGGAUUAUAAUUUAUCGGCUGAUUUUCGUUUAACGAAAUUAUCCGAUCUUAAAGCCGAUAAAAACGGCUAUGGUGAUGGACAACAUCACCAAGGACUCUUACCUGAGUCCAAACCAACACCGGUGGUCGGAAUUGGCCUUGAUUCAUGUGUUAUACCAAUACGUCAUGGAGGGCUUUUUCUGGUACAAUCAACUGCUUUUUUCUAUCCACUAGUCGAUGAUCCAUAUGUUAUGGGAAAAAUAGCAUGUGCAAAUGUAUUAAGUGAUGUUUAUGCUAUGGGAGCUGUUGAAAUUGAUAAUAUGUUAAUGUUAUUAAGUACAAGUAAUAAAAUGACUGACAAAGAACGAGAUACAAUAAUGCCAUUGAUUCUUCAAGGAUUUAAAGAAUGUGCUGAAGAAGCAGGUACAAGUGUACAAGGUGGUCAAACUGUAAUUAAUCCAUGGUUAAUUGUUGGUGGUGUAGCAACUGCUGUAUGUACACAAAAUGAAAUUAUCAUUCCGGAGAAUGCUAUUGUUGGUGAUGUUUUAGUAUUAACUAAACCAUUAGGGACACAGGUUGCAGUAAAUGCUCAUCAAUGGCUUGAAAAUCCUGAUCGAUGGAAUCGUAUUAAAUCUGUUAUAAGUGAAGAUGAUGUUCGUAAAGCAUAUCAACGUGCAAUGAAUUCAAUGGCAAGAUUAAAUAAAAUUGGUGCAUCUCUUAUGCAUAAAUAUAAUGCUCAUGCAUGUACAGAUGUAACUGGUUUUGGUCUAUUAGGUCAUGCUCAAAAUUUAGCUAAACAUCAAAAACAUGACGUUUCAUUUGUUAUACAUAAUUUACCAAUUAUUGCUAAAAUGGCAACAAUAAGUAAAGCUUGUGGUAAUGCAUUUGGUUUAUUACAAGGUACAAGUGCUGAAACAUCAGGUGGUUUACUUGUAGUUUUACCACGUGAACAAGCAGCUGCUUAUUGUAAAGAUAUUCAAGCACAAGAAGGUUAUCAAGCAUGGAUUAUUGGUGUUGUAGAAAAAGGUGGUCGAACAGCAAAAAUUAUUGAUAAACCAAGAAUUAUUGAAGUACCAGCAAAAGAUACCGAAGGUGAAUUAUGGUAA